CCAAUAACUAGGACCAGUGGUACUGUAUACCCACCGAUCUGAGGUGAGCAACAAUGGCGGGCACCGUCGUGAGGAGCCCCCUGUCCAUCCUCUUCUACGUCCUCGCCACCGCCGCGGCAGCGCAGGCGGCCAACGUCACCGCCGAUGAGGAGUACUGGGCGAAGCGCGCCGUGGAGGCAGGCUCCUACAACCGCGGCGCCCACGUCAGCGACCCCAUCGCCACCAUGAACCGCUUCAACAACGACGUGCAGAAGUCCACGGCGGCGCGUCGAUCCCUCCGGAGGAGGUACAAGGGCCCGUGCGUGGCGGCCAACCCCAUCGACCAGUGCUGGCGGUGCCGCGGCAACUGGGCCAACAACCGCAAGCGGCUGGCGAGGUGUGCCAUGGGCUUCGGGCACAAGGCCACGGGCGGGCUCGCCGGCAAGAUCUACGUGGUGACCGACCCGAGCGACGACUUCCUGAACAUGAUCAUACCCAAGAAGGGCACGCUCCGGUACGCCGUCAUCCAGGACCGGCCGCUGUGGAUCACGUUCGCGCGCGACAUGAUCAUCCAGCUCAGCCAGGAGCUCAUCGUCAGCAACGACAAGACUAUCGACGGCCGCGGUGCGCAGGUGCACAUCACCGGCGCGCAGAUCACGCUGCAGAACGUGAACAACAUCAUCAUCCACGACCUCCACAUCCACAACUCGGUCCCUCACCUCGGCGGCCUCAUCCGGGACUCGAAGCACCACUUUGGCUUCCGCGGACAGAGCGACGGCGACGGCAUCUCCGUCAUCGGCUCCAGCAACAUCUGGAUCGACCACGUCUCCAUGUACAACUGCUCAGACGGGCUCAUCGACGUCAUCGACGGCUCCACCGCCAUCACCAUCUCCAAUGGCCACUUCACCAAGCACGACCACGUGAUGCUUUUCGGGGCAAGCGACGACAGCGUCAAGGACAAGAUCAUGCAGAUCACCGUCGCCUUCAACCACUUUGGGAAGGGGCUCGUGCAGAGGAUGCCAAGGUGCCGGUACGGAUUCUUCCACGUGGUGAACAACGACUACACGCACUGGCUGAUGUACGCCAUCGGCGGCAACAAGAACCCGACCAUCAUCAGCCAGGGCAACCGGUUCAGGGCCGUCGAUGACAGGAACUACAAGGAGGUGACCAAGCGGGAGUACACGCCGUACAACGAGUACAGAGACUGGGUGUGGAAGUCGCAGGACGACGUCUUCCUCAACGGCGCCUUCUUCAACCAGUCGGGCGGCCAGAACCAGCGCGUCUACGACAUCCUCGACUUCAUCGCGGCGAAGAGCGGCCAGUACGUCGAAGCGCUGACGCAGUUCGCCGGCACGCUCAACUGCCGCGUCGGCAAGAAGUGCUAGAGUGCCAGAGGACGGGACGAGACCAAGACAGAUCGACGCAAGCGCAUGUGUAAAAUCCAUGUCAGAUUGGUGCUCGAUACUUCGAUUCAGGUGCAAGUAGGCAUUACAAGGUUGUGUAACUCUUGUAU